GGGCCGGGCCCGGCGCAGGCGCAGCGUCCGGCGGAGCGGGAAGAUGGCUGCGGCGGGCGGAGGCCGGCCGGAGGACGCGUUCACCGUGCUGGAGCUGUCCGAGUACGCCAAGAGCCGGCCGUGGUGGCGCAGGGUGUUCGCGCCCAGCUCGGGGUCGAGCGCGGAGAAGUACAACGUGGCCACGCAGCUCGUCAUCGGCGGCCUCACCGGCUGGUGCACUGGAUUCAUCUUCCAGAAAGUUGGCAAGCUGGCAGCAACGGCAGUGGGAGGUGGCUUUUUCCUGCUUCAGAUCGCAAACCACACAGGGUACAUCAAAGUGGACUGGAAGCUAGUGGAACGGGAUGUGAACAAAGCCAAGCAGCAGCUGAAGUUUCACAGCAGCGGUAACAAAAUGUCUCCAGAAGUGAAAAGCAGAGUGGAUGAGGUGAUCAUAUUUCUGAAGAAGAACGUUAUCCUGACUGGAGGAUUUGCUGGAGGAUUUCUGCUUGGAAUGGCUUCCUAGGAACUACGGUUGACUCUCCCUUCGUGCCCAGCCUCCCUUGCCCUCCUGUCCUUCCCGUUCCCUUUCAUGUAAAAGUCAGUGGAUGUUUCCAGCAGGCUCAGCCCCCUGCUCACAGGUUCCAGCCCUUAUUUCUUUCAACACUGCUUCUGACUUCCAGCUUUUACCUGUCUGGGUGCUGGGACUGGCCUGAAAGUUUUUGACUUGCAGUGCAUCAUUGUGAUUUCUCUCCCCUCCAAAUACACCCAGUCCCAAGUUCUCAGAUGCCUUGCAGCCUCAUAAACAUGUAGUGGCAGAGACAUCUCUUAAACGCGCUUCUUUUCAGGUGUCCAGGACCUGUGCAUUUGUCUGCCAGUGCGUGUGUACAACAGCUGCCAGCUGCUGACUGCUGUUUAGCUUGCACUUUCUCUGCUCCAGUACCUGGAAAGCCUGUGCCUCCCUCUAUGCAGAGCUGGGUCUGAAAUGCAGAUACUGCUGCGUGUCCUGGAGUGGCUGCAGCGGUGUCGGGGGCAGCGUAGGCUGCGUGGAUGAGGAGCAUGUUUGUGCUCUGUGUGGCGGUGGGGUUCUGCCCUCCCCCUGCCCUGCACGUGGGUGGCUCUUUGGCUCCUCGUCUCUGUUAUUUAUAGCCCUUACUGGAAGUGCAGCUCUGGCACUGCAGAUGGAAACUGAGCACCACGGGUGGCUCUCCAGACUCUCUCCUUAUCCCGUGUUCUGAAAGUCACCACACUUCCCGCACCGUAGAGCUCCUUUCUCUCUUGCUGGCUGUCAGCCUUGUGCUGAGGCGCUCUUGUUGUGCUGGGCAGGCUCCUGGGGUGCUCGCCCUGUCUGUGUCAGGCUGCCUGGUGGCUGCCGUGGUCAGGGGGCAGCUGCCUUCCUGCAGCGUCUCCUGGGACUCGCAGAAUCCUUUGAGUGCAUUUGGCAACGACUCCCAUUUGUUUCUCCCCCGUCCUGAGGCUGUGGUUACGAAGACGCUAUGCGGAGCAGCUCAGCCUGCCUGCUUACCUGUCACUCUGCAUGCAAAAACAGGGUACUGUAAAUAACAGAAAGGGUGGGGAAAAAUGGGUGUGCCCCCGUAGGAGUAGAUCAUUUCCAUGCUCCUUGCCUUGGUUUUGUUUCUUCUUUGACUACCAUUUCCACAAAAAAAAACCCUGCUUGCUUAAUCCCCUUGCUUAUUUCCAAGGGCUGUAGCCCUUCUGCAGGUGGUGAGGCAGCCCAGAUGCAGAGCUCAGGUGGUCAUGGGGGGGUCUGGCCCGGUGCAGUUGUGUGCAGAGCAGAACUCUAACCUACAAGAAAAAUGAAAAAAAGUUUUUUAAAAAAAAUCUUAGAGGUGUUCUGCAUUGGCUGUGCGUGGUUGGCACUAGCACCUCGCAGAGUGUGGGGACUUGCAAGAUGUAGGGCGAUGUCCUCCAGCAGGUACACGCACGUGUUCUUGCCCAGAACGUUGAUGUGAAGCCCACCUUUCACGGGGAACACGCUAGAGAACAGUGAUGGGCGUGGGUGCCCGGGACACAGUGGUCAGCAGCUGCACCCCAUCUCGUGGGUCGUGUGAUGCCGUUCUGAACAUAGAUUGUUGGCUUGGAGUGGGUACAAUGGGGACUCUUCCGCAAAGAGCUGCUGGAAGGGCUGGAGCAGUGGGUUCUGCCCCCAGAGGUUUUGGGCUGAGCACAGGCACUUGUUCAUUUUCUUUCAUUUUCUUUCACUUCUGAUUGAAGUGUCAGCAUGGCAACACUUCGAUUUAGUUGAGGUUUUCUCACCUUCUGGAUAUGAAGAGAGGCUGCAGUAGUAAGAAACAUAAAUCGGUGUCUUUGCUCCUGUCCCACCCUAUGUGGCCAGGGAGAAUAAAGGAGCAGCUGGGCUCACGUCCUUUUAACGAUGACUUUUAGGAAAGCCAUCAAGGGCUGCAGGAGUGAUGCGAUGCAGCAAAUAGGUCCUUGAUAAGUCGGUGUUUGGGAGUGGAGUGACAGAAGUGUUUUCUUUUUUUAGUAACCCUGCACAGCUGGAUGUGGCUGCAUUAAUACAUUUGUAUUGCAGAGCAUGUCUUGUUCCUGUAGGGAAACAGCAUUGCUUCCCCUCUGCCUGGUGUGCUGCCUAACCCCGCUUCUACCGAGGUGCGCUGUUCCUUACAAAUCUUUCCCAACGGCGAAGUUCCAAGUAAAUCACGAGCAGACCUUAGGGCUGUUGUCAAGCUCAGAUGAGUCGCUUUCUGCCCUUUCCAGGGCGGGGUGUACUGGAUCCUGCUCCACAGGGUCCCGACUUGCUGCUAUGGAGAGGAAUGGCCCGGAGAGGGAGCCAAAACGUCUCAGUUCCCGCAGGAAGCGAGUAGUUGAGACAAAUUCACGUUGAGUUUGGUGUGAGCACAGGCAGGGAGUGCACAAGGACAUCAGCAUCUGGCAAAUCUUUCUGCUGUGCCGGUGUCGGGCUCACAGCUGGCACUGUUUGACGCUGCGUGCCCACGCUGGAGAUCUUGAUGCUCUGUGGCAGUGCAUUUUCAUUGCUGCAGGUGCCAAGAUGAGGUGUUCCCCCCCACACUCCCCAACACACUUGCUCCUUUUGGUCUCGUUUCAACAACUUCUGACAUCUGAACCAGUAUGGGAAGGUUUAAAACACACUAGGCUUUUGAAGUCUUUUUAUAUAUUGUAUGUAAAUGCUUGUUGAAGUGAUAUUUUAUUAAAGUUUUGCUCUAA